ACCAGUUUUUUUUUUGUUUUCGCAUCUCGUUCUGAAUUUGACAGAAUUAAUUCUGUUUAAUUGACAGAACGGUUCUUAUUUAACUCAACAGCUUCUUGGGGUGGGGAAGUUGAAACUUGUCACUUUUGUGUGUGUGUGUGUUAAUUUGAAAUUAGAGUCCCUGUGGAUCUUAUUAAAAUCGAUUCUGGACACGAAAAUUUCACGUAGAAUUUGUGUUUUCUCUUUAAGCGGUUUGGUAAGGAGGAAUAGUUCCGAGCUAAAAGUGCCUCGGAUUGUCAUUGUGUUUACUCAUCGACCCAACUCAUUCUUCCGCUUGAAGAGACGUAGGAGGAAAUUUACCCUCAUCAAGCUUCGCUUUUUCAAAUUUCCGAUCGGAUUCCCUUUGAAACUCUUUAUCACCCCGGUUGAUUGUUGCAGGUGCUGCAGAUAGGAAGUGGCUGGUGACAUGGACCUUGAAAGUAGCUUGUACACUCCACUCCUUCGGACUAUUGAAGAGCCUCCAAAUUCCCCAGUGGCAUCAGUGUCCAUGAAAAUUAUGACAUCACUCUUGGCAAUUGCCUCCAUCACUAUUGGCACUGUCUAUUUGGAUUCUUGCACCAAGCAAUACUUGAUCCCAAUUUAUCUGAUUGUUUCUGGAAGCUUUACACUCUUCUUUGUGAUGAUAUCACUGGUUUCAUGCACCCCAAAUGAUGAAAGCAACAAUCCGGUUUUCAAUAAAAUUGGCCAAGCUUGGAAAAGUGUGAUAUCGCUGUUCUCCUUCAUCUGGUUUAUAAUGGGAAACAUUUGGAUCUACAGCAUCUACGAGCCAGAUUAUAUUGACAAAGCUUCUCCUAAUUACUGUGAUAAAACCUUGUACCUUUUUGCCUUCUGGGCCACCACAGUCACUUACAUUCUUCUUGGAAUUGUAUUGUUUCUAGGAUUUUGUGGCUUGCUCUGUGCAUGUGCUUUGGGUGGGACCUUUUGGAUUGGACAAAGAGGCUGAACACUGAAGAAAUCCCUUGUCCCAGCUUUGGGAAAUUGAUACAACUUGAUGCCACAUGUGUUGGCUUCUGUGGAUGGAGUUAUUUGGUUUGCUCUAAUUAGCAGUGCUUGUUUUGGACACUUUUUUAAAAAAAGACAAAGCACUUAAUUUUUUUCUUCAUACCACCUUCUACACCUUUAUCCUACACAAUGGUAGUGAACUGCACUAAUUGUAUGUAAUUUUGAAACAAUCAUUUUUUAAACUUGGGUAUGUCUGUACAAUAUUUCAAAUAUAGAGCAGUGUCUUAACAUGA